CUCUCCAGGUGACCGGACACCGACCUGUGCGGCGGCCGCAGCAUCGCGUCCAGGAUCCUGCUCUGUCUGUCAGUGGUGGAUUAACUCGGAGCCCAGAGACCCAGAGACCCAGAUCCCGGUGCCGACCCCCUCUGCUCGUCAGCUGCAGCCCACAGUGUGAUGUGACCGGUUGGUUCAUCCUGCUUCCCUCAUUCUUUCCUCACCUGUGAAGAUCAGUCAGAGAUGACCGACAUUUCUGCAGCAGGAGGCUUCAGGACCGGAGGAGUGGCGUCCCUUCAGAUGCUGAUGCUGUGUCUCGUCCCACUGCUGUGGCCGCGGCCUGCAGACUCCGGCGCCGCUCCAGAUGCCAAAGCCUGGAGCCAAACCGAGCCACGGUUGCAGCUCUCCCACACAGACCUGAGGAACAGCUCGGCUGUCUUCUGGAAGGGAGGGGUCAGCGGGGGGUACCAGGCCCUUCUGCUGGAUGAGGACCAAGGCUGGCUGCUGGUCGGCGGUAAAGACCACAUCUACCUGCUGAGGACCGACAGCUUGGACCUGCCCACGCGUGCGGUGUACUGGCCCGCUGCCAGAGAACACGUGGAGCACUGCUGGCUGGCAGGGAAAAGUCCGGAGACAGACUGUGCCAACUUCGUGCGGCUGCUGCAGCCCUUCAAUAAGACCCAUGUUUAUGCUUGUGGCACUGGUGCCUUCCACCCACAGUGUGCUUACCUGCACUUAGGACACAACACCGAGGGGCCGUUAUUCAUCUUGUCUCAUUCAGUGGAGUCGGGCAGAGGAAAAUGUCCCUUCAGUCCCAGAGAGCCUUUCACUGCCAGACUGACUGAUGGUGAGCUUUACGCAGGCACCUCUGUUGACUUCAUGGGAGCCAACGCUGCAAUCUUCCGUACCACAGUCCAGGGCAGCAGUCAGCAUUACAUCCGCACCGAAGCCUACGACCAGAACUGGCUCAACGAGCCGGAGUUUGUGGGCUCCUUCUCCAUCCCGGACACCCGCAGUCCAGACGAUGACAAGGUUUACUUCUUCUUCAGGGAGAGGGCAGUGGAGGCCGGACAGUGGGACAAGAGGACGUACAGUCGCGUGGCUCGAGUCUGCAAGAAUGACGUAGGGGGGAAGAGGAGCCUGAUUAACCGCUGGACCACCUUCCUCAAAGCCAGACUGGUCUGUUCUGUUCCCGGCCCGUCUGGAGUCGACACGCACUUUGAUGAGCUAGAGGACAUCUUUGUUCUGGAGACCAAGGAUCCUCAAAAUCCCACCAUCUACGGUGUCUUCAGCACCUCCAGCUCCAUAUUCCGUGGUUCAGCAGUGUGUGUCUACUCCAUGGCUUCUAUCCGUGCAGCUUUCAACGGGCCGUUUGCCCACAAAGAAGGUCCUGACUAUCGCUGGGUGGAGUACAAAGGCCGCAUCCCCUAUCCGAGACCAGGAACUUGUCCCAGCGAGACGUACGAUGCUCUCUACAAGUCCACCAAGGACUUCCCAGACGAGGUGGUGAGCUUCAUGAGGCAGCAUCAGCUGAUGUGGGAGCCGGUCCUGCCUCUGAGCGGCAGACCCAUAUUAACCCGCGUCAAUUCACCCUACAUGUUAAAGAAAGUGGUCGUGGACCGAGUGGAUGCUGAGGACGGACCCUACGAUGUCUUACACCUGGGCACAGACGAUGGGAAGGUGGUGAAGGCGGUGUCCGUCAUCAAAGACAACUGGGACACAGAGCAGAUCAUUCUAGAGGAGAUGACUGUCUUCCAGAGUCCCACUGCCAUCCUGAGCAUGGAGCUGUCAACCAAGAGGCAACAGCUGUAUGUGUCCAGCGAGCUCGGCGUGGCCCAGCUGGGGCUCCAGAGGUGUGAGUUAUAUGGGACCGACUGUGCCGAGUGCUGCCUGGCCAGAGACCCCUACUGCUCCUGGGACGGACAGACCUGCUCCAGAUACUUCCCCACCAGCAAGAGGCGGGCACGGAGACAGGAUGUAAAAUAUGGAGACCCCUGGAGUCAGUGCCCUCUCACAGAGGACGAUUCUGACUCUGUGGAGGUGAAGCUGGUGUACGGUGUGGAGGGAAACUCCACCUUCCUGGAGUGUGUUCCUCGGUCACCUCAGGCCGAGCUCAGGUGGACGGUGCAGCAGCAAACGGACAGCCAGCAGCAAACUCUCAGUCAGAUACAUGAGAGCAGAGAAGUCCCUCAGAGCGACGACGACCGAUCCCUCCAUAUGAAGCGAGGGUUGCUGGUUCAACACCUGGAGCUGGCUGACGCAGGCCUCUACACCUGCACCAGCCACGAGCACUCCUACAGCCAGGUCCUGGCCCGAUACCAUGUCCACAUCAUCCCCAACCAUAGCCUCCACCCAGCCCGCUACCAGCAGAAGCACAGUCCAACCCAUGGGAGGACUGGCCCAUCCAGGGUCGUGGUCAGCGGGUUUCUAGGCCAGUCAGGGCCCCUCCAUCCACCACCUUCGCUGCCGGGACACAGAAACUCGUGGCUGCCCCAGGAUCUUCAGCAGCUCCCUCUUAGGAGCUACAAAGACCUGGACAUGAUGGGGACCAACAGUCUGAGUGUGGACGAGUACUGUGAGCAGCUGUGGUACCGUGAGAAACGCCGGCAGCAGAAGCUCCGCACGCUGAAGCUGAAACAGGAGAGCAGGAAAGCCCGGGUGAGGAGGAACAACCCUCCUGAGGUUCCCCUCUAGUCACCUGGAGGAUACAGAGACUGACUGUGGACAACAGAUCCUGUACAUGCAGAGGACAAGGAAAGGUGCAAAUAAUGCCAAUGAAUAAAGUGACACCACAUGCAUUUACCCUAAGACUAAAAACGAUUAGUAUAUCCUUAUCCUGAAUAUUCUGACAUUUAGACGCUACAUAAAAUGGAAAUAGCUACGUAGAAAAAAGUUAUUCGUCUGUAAAUUCAUAUUAUUAACAAUGUUCAUAUUGUUUGGAACAAACAGCAUUUCUCUGAGGUUCAGCUAAACCUGAAAAUGUUAUUUUAUAAUGAUACACAACAGUUUACAAGACAACACACUGUAUUAUCCGGCCUUUUCCACAUAAACAGUUCAAAGGGAGAACAUGCAUCUGAUCGCAUUUUGUUUGCAAGCUUCUAGAUCUACAUUAACAUUUACUGCUUUGCUAAAAUAAGCUGCUGGAUAAUUAUCUGGAUAGUAAUGCAGAAACUAACCUAUCUGAGUUUAAAGGCCCUGAAUAGUCUGCAUGAAAAAGAUUUGCUUAUUUUUGAGUUUGUUAAACUGUUGAUAAAUAGUAACUAAGGAUUUUUUCCAAACUUUACUUUGACUUUUGCUUAUUUAGUCACGACUAUUAAAUAUUCUAAAGAAAUAUUUAAGAUUUUAAACCAAGUUUUCAGGGUUUUUAAAGUUACUACUCGUAGCGUCAGAGAAUAGAGACCUCUGAAUUCACCAGUAUUCAGACCACAACAAUCCUUUUGUAGUAUAUCUCUUUUCUACCCAAAUGAUCUUUUCAUACGGUUUUUAUAGCACCGUGCGCCAGUGAAACCAAAUAGCUGACAUGAAAUUUGUAGCAAAACUGCAAAUUCUUCAUACAGGACAGACGGACAGGUGAAAAUGUAUCAGGAUCUCAAACAGUAUAAAUUAAUGACAGAACAGUAAAUAAGAAAAACGUUUGCCAGGUUUACUGCUACACAUUUAACUGUGUAUAACAAAAACAUAUAAUGUUUUCUACAUAUAUUUAUGUUUGUUUCAAGAUGUAACGCUGAGCAAAGAUCUGGGCUUCAUACGAACCUGACGGGUGGAGUAAAAGCCUCAGUGAAAACGCACACAUGAAAUGGACCGUGCUUGAAAAUACAUUUUAUGUUGCUCAUUACUUCUGUCAUGUAACUGUAAUAAUUAUUAUUCCCAACAAUGUAUAUUAAAGAACUCUAUUUUUGAUAGUUUUCUUUCUUCAUGUACUAGAAUCGAGUGUUUAUAUAAACGUGUAUUUCUGAUAAUGUCACAAUCCUCCAAUAAGCUUUGAGAUCAAAAACUGAGUAAUGAAACUGAGUCUUACUGUAUGAUGUGAAUAAACCACAAGACUUACAUGUAAAAAUAAAACAAAU